UGGUGGCGCAGUGGUUAGAAUGCAGAAUUGCCCCCUGACUGCCAGUGGUGGGUUGCUACCGGUUCGCCCCUGAUUGGGCAAACCUGUGGCGGUGGUGGCAUGCGCAGAAGCAUCAAGCGUGCACACGUCCAUGAGCAAACCGGUAGCGACGGCUACUGGACCCUGCCCACUGCCAGGAAUUCAGUCCUGACCUGCUCAGGGUUGACUCAGCCUUCCCUCCUUCCGGGGUUGUAGCUGAGAGGAGUUGUUGGUUCUGCUGAGGAAGAUGCCGUCCAGGACGAAUUUGGCUGCUUCCAUCCCCAGCAGCAAAGUGAAAUAUUCUAAGCUCGCUUGCACGGAUGAAGGGUACAUUGAUCUGCAGUUCAAGAAGAGCCCCCCGAAGGUUCCCUACAAGGCGAUUGCGCUGGCCACCGUGCUGUUCCUGAUCGGGACCCUCCUCAUCAUCAUCGGUGCGCUCCUCCUGGCAGGAUACAUUAGCCAAGGGGGAACCGAUCGCGCAAUUCCUGUCUUGAUCAUCGGAAUCCUGGUUUUCCUUCCUGGCUUCUACCACCUGCGAAUCGCCUACUUCGCUUCCAAAGGCUACCGGGGCUAUUCUUACGACGACAUUCCGGAUUUCGAUGAUUAGAAGGCUCUGAAGCAGAGGUCUCCAAGCUUGGUCCCUUUAAGACUUAUGGACUUCAACUGCCAGAGUCCCUCAGCCAGCAAAGCUGGCUGAGGAACUCUGGGAGUUGAAGUCCACAAGUCUUAAAGGGACCAAGCUUGGAGACCUCUGCUAUGAAGAACACGGGAAUUUUGGGCCGCCCAGAUCUCAGCCUGGCUCCAGAGAGAAGAUGCAAAAAAAAAAAAAAAAUAAGCUCAAUCGAGCGAAUGCUCUCUUUGGACAAUCAACCUAGCAGCUGUUAAUACCCAUUCAGGAUUUCUUUGGUAGGACUUUCGAUGCUUGGUUUUUCCUCUCUGGCCCCUCUGAAGGCAAAUUAGCAGCGUCGCAUGGAGGAGGUCUCGUGAGACCAGCUUUUGCCUUGAGGUGGGAAGUUAUUGACAGCCAUGCUCCUCCCACCCAGCCGCAGGAGGAAAACAAACUCAGGGGUUUAAUAGGCGCUUCUACUUUUUUAUUAUUAUUACUGUUAUUAUUUCACUUCUUCCUCUAGAGCAGAACCUCUGCAAAGCUGAUUAUCUGGAUCCAGGGGUGAAAGGUGGAGCCCUAAUUAAAUUUGUCUAGGCCAGGGGCCGGGAGCGAGAGCGCUGACCUCUCGUUGCUGAAUUGUGAUCCAAUGCAAGCGCAACCUUGAAUGCUGCUCUGAGCUACUUUCGGGGGAAAUUAAGAAGGGUUACGGCUAGAGAUGAGGCAGAAUAAUUUUAGCAUUCGAAACAUGUUGCAUUCCCCCCCCUCCUGAAUUUUUUCCCCCAAUUUCCCCACGGGCAGCCACCAACAAAUCUGAGCCAGGAGGGACUUCAGGUUUCAUCCUCAGCAGUAGGUGAGGACACCCUCUGUCCCCACCUCUGUCACACUGACAGAUUUUUUUGUUAUGCUGGGGAAAGUGUGUUGCUAGUCCUCUUGAAGCAAGCAAUGUGGGAAUUUUUCUCCAGUCCCAGCUUGAUCUCUUCAGGAUCUCGGUAAAGAAGAGAUUUUUGUGAUCGGAUCCUGUCCUCGUUAUGUCUUGAGAUUUUCAACUCACGUCUAUGGAUCAGGUAUCCCUAGGAUCCCUGGAUACCGUUCCAGGGCUGUUAGGAUUGGCUCCUGGGAGAGUAAGCCAAAGGGGAGGUAGCAUCCUUGGACAGAAUUGGGCUGUGACCCAGCACUCGGGGGGCGGGGAGGGUGGGGGGGGAAAUUCCCAGAAUUCCCCAGCCAGCAAAUAAUAUGGCGCCACAGAGUUGCAAUAGGAUAAAUGUUAUAAUUCAGUAUCUAAGGAAGCUAACCAUCUAAGUCCUGUAAGUUACCUAAGGCAGGGGUCUCCAACCUUGGCAACUUUAAGCCUGGUGGACUUCAACUCCCAGAAUACCCCAGCCAGCAAAGCUGGAAUUCUGGGAGUUGAAGUCCUCCAGGCUUAAAGUUGCCAAGGUUGGAGACCCCUGUUCUAAAGGGACCAUAGCUGCCCACCCUUUUAUGACCUGUGGACUUGGCCGGCUCAGGAAUUCUGGGAGUUGAAGUCUAUAGAGUUUCUAAUGGGUCUAUAAUUGCCUAUCCAGAGAGAGAUGAAGACAUUACUGUCCAUGAGUCAUGGCUAGGUGUCUCCAGGAAAAGCUGGAUAGCUUGGAAAGUGCAAAUGGAUGUGUGCCCACACCCAAACACAUGCACACACAAGCAUGCAACCCGGAGACCUCAGAAAUGAUAACAACACCUGAUUGAAGUCGGCUCAAGUGUCCAGGUCAGCAGCACCCAAGGUGAAGCCACGCUUAUUUUUGCGUUUGUUAAUGUUGAAGUAACCAUGAUUUCUUGAAGGGGUUUGGGUUUUGUUUUUGUUUUUUGACAGGCUGCCUGGACCAAUUGUCUUGUGCUGUGCAGAGAUCCUGGACUUGCUUUUGCCGCCCAGGGAAUUAUUGGCGUUUCUUUUUCUCUCUGGAUUCUCCCACAGGAUUUACAGCCUGUGGAAUGCAAGGGAAAGCUUAAAUAUGUGUUGGAAAAGCUUAAUCCGCAGAUGCCAGUUGCCUACUUAAUAAAGUACUUGUGAUGUUCA